AUGUGCUAUCUCGUCGUUGAACGGUACUCAGUGUGCCGCUGCUUAUACUACAAGCACAAUGUCGACAUGUGCGCGGCAUACGGUCAGCAAGGGCACCCAAUUCAAGAGAGAACCGUGCUACCAUGGUUCGCACCGACACCAAUCGUCACGGCGGCAACGGAGAUGAAACAUAUUGUCUUCGGUAACGGGUUAUGCAUCAUGGCAGAUCUUUCCUCUCGUGCGCUUCGAGUUCGA